AUCCUUGUUCAUCAUAACCUUCUAGUCGUUGUUAACCAUGUCUACCAACUGUCGCCGCCGCCUCAUCCGCGACUUCAAGCGUCUCUCCACCGACCCUCCGGGCGGUAUCUCUGGCAGCCCAUGUCCCGACAAUAUCAUGCUGUGGAACGCCGUCAUCUUUGGGCCAGCGGAUACACCGUUUGAAGACGGCACGUUCAAGCUGCUCCUCACCUUCGACGAGUCCUAUCCCAACAAGCCACCGACUGUCAAAUUUCUUUCGCGCAUGUUCCACCCCAAUGUCUAUGCGAACGGAGAACUCUGUCUUGACAUCCUCCAGAACCGCUGGUCCCCAACGUACGACGUCGCCGCCAUCCUCACAUCCAUACAGAGUCUCCUCCACGACCCCAACCCCAACAGCCCUGCCAACGCGGAGGCUGCCCAGCUUUACAGGGAGAACAUGAAGGAGUACGUGAGAAGAGUCAGGGCGACAGUAGAGGAGAGUUGGCUUGAUCCGGAGGAGCAGCAGCAGAUGGAGGAGGGCAGUGGCGCGCCAUCCACGUCCUAAGAUGAGACAGUUCGCUCGUGUGCAUGUAUACCAUUCGCUUAUAAUUCGACAUUUACCCAUUC